CUUAAAAAUAAUCUAUUUGUUUUAAAUGCUAUAGAAACAUUUCUUUUUAAUUUAUUUAAAGAAUUUAAUAACACUACAGGUAACAAGGAAUUUAUUGUACAUUACGCACUAAACUCCAAAACAGGUGUUUACAGUAUGACAGUAGUGGGUAUUGAUUCGCUUUUUAACUAUAUUGUACCUUAUUUUUUAAUCUAUUUUAUUUUUAACUAGAAAAGUUUUAGAUUAUCACUAUUGAGUUAUUUCUGUCGUAAUUCACAAAUUUGGUUAUUACUAUCUCCCUGAAGGUAAGAAAAUGGUUUUACAUAUUUCUUUGGGUACUAAUAAGUAUCGUUAUACUAGCACUAAGAUAGAAAAUAAAAUAGAACUUCCUAGUGAAGAUUCCAUAUCUAAACUGUUAGCUCUAGCUCCGCCUUUUGAUAUUACUAGUGGUCUAGCUCACUUUGAUCUAGUUAGACAGUUUACCAUAAAUAAGGGUGGACGUAAAGGUUUUAUUGUUUAUAUUUAUGACCGGGAGUCUGAAGGUAAUAAAGAACUAAACGGUUCACCGUUUUCAACUUACGGUGCAGGGCAUGAAGCGUUAGGGCUAAGACGAGGUAGUAGAGUAAUAGGUAGAUAUAUUGAUACCGGUAAGGCAUAUCAAGGUAGAUAUGUCUUUUCUUCUAUUCCUUUCUCAAGAAAUGAUAUAUAA